GCAUUUGUUGAGGAGUUGCUAUCCUACAUAAACACCUUUAAUCUGGCCGUGAUCACUUCACUGAAGGGAGGAUCUGAAAAUGAAAUCAGUACUGCUUUUGAUUACCUCGAAUCAGCUCUCUUCAAAUUUACUGAUGGACCUUUCUUCCUUGGUCAGUUCAGUCUAGUCGACAUAGCAUAUGCUCCAUUCAUAGAAAGAUUUUAUCCCUUAUUGCUGGAUGUAAAGAAAUAUGACAUCACUACAGGAAGACCUAUGCUGACAUCAUGGAUUGAGGUUCAUUACCUAUCCCUUCCUUUUUGUGCAGAGCUUCUUUUAUGUGGAUGUCAACCAACAAGCAACAGUAAUAGCAAUUGGUAA